AUGUUCUUGCCUCCUCUGCUGCUGAAGCACAAAUUGCCCCCAAGAUACCAAAGUCUCUUAUUUCAGGUCAUUCAUUGCACCAUCAAAUCAGCAACAGUUAUUAUGAUAUUUUGUUUUCCUUCAUCUAUCUAUCUAUCUAUCUAUCUAUCUAUCUAUCUAUCUAUCUAUCUAUCUAUCAAGACAUUCAUUUCUGUAGAAGGUAGAAACUCUCAUCAGAAGGAGAGAGAACAGCGACAAGCUGACAUCAAAGCGACACGGACAGUUUCGAGCACACACACACCGAGAGGAUUCAGCGGUUCACACAACAGGCAGUAUCACGUAUCAGUGAACAUUCUUUCACCCUCUCUUUCUCUCAUCUCGCUCGCUACACAUAGUCCUACCUUUCCUCUCACAUUCCCAGUUCCUUUCUUUCUCUUUUUCUUCCGCAGCUUUACGGACAAUUUCAUUUUUUUGAACAUUCUUUCACCCUCUCUUUCUCUCAUCUCGCUCGCUACACAUAGUCCUACCUUUCCCUCUCACAUUCCCAGUUCCUUUCUUUUCUUUUUCUUCCGCAGCUUUACGGACAAUUUCAUUUUUUAUGUUCAUCUCUCUCUCUCUCUCUCUCUCUCUCAUAUUCUCUCUCUCUCUAUCAAUCUAUCUCUCUUAGUCUGUUCAUCUCUUUCUCAUUAUCUAUCUCUCUUAGUCUUCUUCAUUGAUUCUUCUUCUAUUCUCCGGCUCCUUUUCUCUUCAGGAACGUUUGGCGCCAACCAUUACAAUUUGGCGCACAAUAAUGUUCAAUCAUCAACAUCAACCGCACGCUUCACAGAUUCGCCAGACUUAUUAUCCAGAAACCAGGAACUCAACAUUCUUUCCUCCUUCAUCCUGUCAGUUUGUUAG